AUGGAAUCGCAAUAGAAUGUAAGAUAAUGCAUAUCUUAUAUUGGUGAGUUAGGGAGGAGACAUUAACGAUGUGGUGUCAAGAUUAGUCACAGUAAAAAAAAAAUAAAAAUUGUGGGCUCGAAACCAGAUUUCUAAACUUUUGUUCCACUCUUAGUGUUCUACAUGAGGAAGACUGAAAUUAAUACUCCGAUCAGAAUUGCUAUGUUUUUGGCUUAAGUUGCUCAUGAAUCUUAAGGAUUCACUAAAUUAAUAGAGAAUACUAAUGGAGAAAAUUAUGAACCAACUAAUGGAAAAGGUAAAAAUUUAGGAAAUACUGAGCCAGGAGAUGGAAAAAGAUUCAGAGGAAGAGGGUUGAUUCAAUUAACUGGACGAUAUAAUUAUACUUACUUUGGAAAACUAAUGAAUCUAGAUUUAUUGGAUAAACCUGAAUUGCUAGAGAAAAUACACAAUGCAGUUUAUGUCUCUUGUCUUUACUGGUAAGUUAGAAAAGCAAAUGCAUUGGCUGACCAGAAUGAUUUUGAAGGUGUAACCAAGAGAAUCAAUGGAGGAAAAAAUGGUCUAGUUGAUAGACAACGAUAUUAUGAUAAAGCUAAGCAAGUUUUUGACAUUGAUGAAUGA